CGGAGUCGAACUCCAAAAAUCACUUUUCAGUCUGACAUGACCACCAGCACAGGCGUGAGCUUUCCUUCCUACGACAACACUGUGACCUUGUCGGGGACGAUCACGUCUCCACGUGGCACAGACCUUCGUCCAGCCGUCGUAAUCGUAGUUGGCAGUGGCGCCAUCGACCGAGACGGUUCCGCCGGGUCGAUUCGACUGCAAGUGUACUCGAAGCUUGCAGAAUUCUUCACCAACGAGCUUGGGUGGAUUUGCCUCCGCUACGACAAACGAGGCGUGGCAAAGAGUGUUAAUGGCGACUCGAAUCUGUUUUUGACGUCGGGCAUGUCCGACUUGGCGUUGGACGUGGUGGAAGCCACCAAGUUCCUGCUAGCCCAGCCACGUGUGGACUCGACCAAGCUGGUGCUCACUGGGCACAGCGAAGGUGCUAUCAUCAUGCCACUUGUGGCCCAACACUUAAGAGACCAGGGCGUGACCACACCGCUGGGCCUACUCCUUUUGUCCGGAUUCGGCGAGUCUAUUGAAACAGCGAUGCGGUUCCAGUCUGAGGAGCUGUGGGACGAAAUCGUCAACGGUCGUACCAUUACCACGUGGCUCCUGCGUCGUCUGCUUACACCCAAGAAGCUGCAAGACAAGAUCGACGACCUCAAGGUCAAAGUGAACACCACCCAAGCCGACUUGAUUGUCAAGAAGUGCGGGCUGGUCAAGAUCCCAGCCAAAUGGUUUCGCGAACACUUUGCAUUUAACUUGUCGCGUAUCCGUGAAUUGUCGGCUAGCGUCACAAGCCACGUUCUGGUCAUCACUGGCGCCAAGGACGCGCAGACUCGGGCGACGCACUGCACCCGCGAAGACGCGAGCGUCGUGUUCGUUGGGGCUGCGUCCGUAACCAGUUGCAUACCAAGCCAAAUGACACACCACCUCCGACCCAUGGAUGACACGCCUUCGUUGUUUUCGCUCAUGCAAGAGUACAAGAAGACCGCCAACAACCCCCUCGAUGCCGAGUUGGCCAGGGCCAUCACUGAUUGGGCCAAUUCGAUUCAAAAGUGCUAAGAGCAGUGUUUUAUAUCGCUUGGUUUGUCCUCACUCAUGCCCUACGUACAACACAUAGUGAAUGCAAAUUGCAUAGUUAUAAGUGCCCGCUGAGAUAUGUUAACUUUACAGCGUAAUAUCAAUA